GACCCAAUCCACCGAGCAAAUUCAAGCGGGCGCACAACGCCGAGCGAUUCGGCCCCGGGAGGACCGAAUUAGAUUCCGUCGGAGGCAAGGAAAAGGGGAAAGUGGAGGAAGACGAAGGCGACGCUAAUCAAGGCGCUCGCGGGCUCACCCGUGCUCCAUCUUGCCGACGUCGCAGUGGUCGACCUCCCCGCCGCAGACCGCGUCGACCUCGGCGGCGUCGUUGUCGCUGAGGAAGUGCCCUCCCCCAUCUUCGAAGGCGGCGGUUGGGACGGAGAGGAGCAGGUGGAACGGAUGGCGUUAGCAAAGUUAACAGAAAUGCUACAAAUCUCAACGUUGUGAUCUUUCCAUGGUAUAUAGCAAAGAAACGAUCUUUUAAUGGUACAUUGCCAAACAUGCAAUCUUUUGAUGGUAUGCAUCCAAUUUUCCCCUUAAUCAAAGGCAAACCCCAGAGGCAACCAACGCCGAGUAGAACAAGACAGACAAGCAAGCGCAACCUCCGCCUCCGCCUCGCCGCCGGCGAUGGAGCGGCCGCCACCUCCUUCUCCGGCGAGCCCCGCUGUCGCCGUCCGCGCACUCUCCCGCACUCCCCCGCAAACCCCUCAGAACCCCUCCUCUGCCCGCACUCCCCCGCAAACCCAUCAGAACCCCUCCUCUGCGCCUUCCACGGGUCCGGCCGCCGCCGCCGCCUCCCACGACGGCGUCGUCGCUGUCGGCUUCGUGGGCGGCGCGGGGACAGCCCGCCUCGCGGACCAGAUCCUCGACGCCCACGUCUUCUCCCCGGGCGGCUCGGCUGGGGGCCUCGCUGGGAGCGUCAGGUACCACCGCGACGGCGACAAGAGGAUGGUCUUCCUGCACCUCACGCCGAUGGAGGCGGGAGGAAUUGGCGGCGGCGGGGACAUGCCGGAGAUGCUCUUCAUGUUCUCAGUCUGCCACAUAAUUAUAUUUCUGCAAGAAGGCUUCAGAUUUAACACACAAACCUUAAAGAAGUUCCGAUUGUUGCAAUCUUCAAAGCAUGCUUUCGCUCCAUUUGUGAAGUCACUGGUAGCAGCUGCAAUGCCUGCCAAAACUGUUACAUCUGACACCCCAACACGAGCAACCCACAGGGCUUCCUCCAUAUCCCCUCCAGCACGUCGUGGAGGUCACUCUGGUCGCCAGUCCUCAGCCAUCUCACUUAUGUCCGGAACCACUUCAAAUCCUUCUGUGUUGCCAGGCCAAUGUGUUCCUGUAUUGCUCUUUGUCUUUGAGGAUGAUGCAGUUGAUGUUUCAAGUGCUGCCACAAGUUCAGAUGAUAUGGGUGACCCAUUUUCAUCAAAUCAGGGUUCUACCUCUGAUGGAUUAUUGAAACAAAGCUCAGCUUCAAAAGGUUCUGGUUCCGUGGUUAUGCUUGCCCGGGCAGCAAACAAAUCUGAGAGUAGUUCAGGCAAAAAAUUGCAUUCCUCAUUAGAGGGACAGAUUCGUGUCUUGCUCAAGAAGUGUAGGGUACUUGCUGGCAUGGAGCCGGGACAUAUUGGCCCGAGGGGUGUUCGAGAAAAAAAUAUUGGCCCGAGGGGUCUAAGUAACAUGAGUUAUCAUAUACCCUUGUUCUCACUUGAUACCUCGAGGGUUGUUGCACUGUUGGAACGGUCUAUCAAUAAGAAACAGGAGCCAUUAGACGUCAUUGCUGGAUUGUUUGAAGAUUCCAUGAGCUGCAAAUCACCACUGGAUAUUCCUUCACUGGAAAACAACUACCACCCAACAAACCAUGAUGACUUUCAGUUAAUCAAGGACUUCAUAUUUCGGCAAUCUGAUGCCCUGAGAGGGAGAGGGGGAUAUUCAAGCAAUGCAACUGCCGGGUCUGUUGCUGGUGUCGGUAUGGUGGCUGCUGCUGCUGCAGCAGCAGCAGUGUCAGCUGCUUCUGGGAAGCCAGUUAAUGUUCCUGAUCUCCCUAGUUUUGAUAAAUGGCUGUCCAUAAGUACUUCUAUCCUCACUGCACUGCUUAGUGGAAAAAAUUCACUGAGUGGUUUGUCUGAAAGCAAGACACAUACAAGUCCUAGUGAGAAAAAUGAACAACUCCCUGCUGGAGGAUCUAAUGCUAUUGACAUCACAUUAUCUUGCUUGGAAAGCAAUAAUGGGCUGAACAUGAAAUUUUCUUCAUCAUGGUGCGAAAGAGUGCUUCCAGCUGCUAAGGAAUUGUACCUAAAAGGUUUACCUGCCUUUUACACCACCAGCAUGCAUGAAGUACAGCUACAGAAGGCAUUGCGAUCCUUUUGCUCAAUGGUUAAAGGACCAGCAGUCAGGUUAUUCUCAAAGAAGCUGGAAGAUGAGUGCCGGACAAUAUGGGAAUCUGGUAGGCAGCAAUGUGAUGCUGUUAGUCUAACUGGCAGACCAUGCAUGCACCGGAGGCAUGUCAAUUUCUCUUCAUCAGAUGCAGUAGAGCAACAUUCUAGUGGAUAUGUCUUCCUUCAUGCGUGUGCCUGUGGCCGUUCACGUCGCCUUAGAGAAGAUCCUUUUGACUUUCAGACAGCAAAUGUGUCUUUUAAUUGUUUCUCUAACUGCGAAGAUCUACUACCUACGCUUGUGCUUCCGAGAGGUCAUGAUGCUGGCUCGUUUUCAGUAUCCUCUUGGCGGUUGGUGCGACUAGGAGGAGCGAGAUAUUACAAGCCAACAAAAGGGUUGCUCCAAAGUGGCUUUAGCCCCAAAGAGAGGUAUCUUCUAAGGUGGAUGAUAUCUGUUGGUAAGGGGCAAGCGAGAAAUGGCAAUCGUUCUAAUACUGUUACUUCAUCCACAAGAUCUAGUAUGAACCCUCAGACUCCUCCAGUAGUCGCUGGUGAAGUAAAAUCUGCCGUAACCCAAGUUACACCACAAAUUAAAUCUACAAAGCUUGAAAAUGCUGUAAAACAACCUGAAAUGGAAUCAAUGAGCAACUCUGGUAUUAAUUUUGGUAAAGGUCUUCCAAAUUUUACUAUGAAAAAGCCUUUUGCUGAAGUUGUUGCUGGCACCACUGCAAAAGAUUCUGAGUUUCCCACUCUUCAAAAAACGAGGCCACCAAAACCUGGUGUUCGAAAAGAUGAGCGACAAAUGAAUAUAGCAGACCAGACUAAUGGCCGAGGUCAUGUGGCUCUCAGCCAAGUGAGUCUAGCUGAAAGCGAACCUGUGAAAGCGAGCAGAAACCAGAGCAGUGAAAGUGCUGAUGUGAAGCCCUUUUUACAGAUAGGGAGCAAUAUAGUACCAGUGAGUGUUGGAAAUGAAUCCAGAGAAACUAAUCAACCAGUACAACAGUUCAUUGUGUAUGUUGGAUUUGAGCACGAGUGUCCCUAUGGGCACCGUUUCUUACUGUCAGAGAAGCAUAUGACGGAGAUUGAUUCUUCCUGUUUGCAGUAUCAAAGAUCACAUGUAAACAAAGAAGCAGAAAGCAAGCAUGCACAGAAGUUGCUCCUAAAAUCUUCCGGCUUGACAGCAUAUACAGUGGACAUAAACAAUGGACGGAAAAACAGUAAGCCACUGGAAUCAUCAGGGAGAAACAGCCAGCAGCAAUCAAUGCAGCCGAGGGUUGAUGCACAGACCUCACAGCCUUCUCCUUGGUUUUCAGAUCUGCAGAAUGACAAAAGGGAGGAGCAUUAUUUUCGAAACAUUGCAGUUGAUGAUGGUGGAGAAGCAUUUUCACUCAUGAACAGAAACUUGCCAAUUUAUAUGCACUGUCCACAUUGUAAGAUGUCAGAAAGGAAGGAGCAUCAAGAUGUAAAGUUUGCUGGUGCUGUGUCGCAACUUCAACGGAUUUUUAUUGUGACUCCUGAUUUCCCGGUCCUGUUGGCAAGCUGCCCACUUGUACAGUUUGAGGGGUCAUGUUUACCAUCGAAUGUCUCUGAUCAUGAGCGAGAAGGAUUAUUCAGUAUUGGGUGUCAAGUUAUCCUCCCACCUGAGAGCUUUCUUACUAUGAGGCUUCCGUUUGUCUAUGGUGUUGAGACAAAAGAGGGAAGUACAUUUGCCCUCAAACACUUUGAGCAACAACCAGAGCUCACAGCGUGGCUGGUUGGAGGCACAGCUUUGCAAAUUGUAUCGAUUGGGAACGCCACUGAGAAAGAAACCAUUAUGAAGUGAUAGACAUGAUAUCUAAAGCUUAGUGGUUCGGCCGUAUCCUAUUCGCAUGCAGUGAUAUGAUAUGCCAUAGGAUGGUUAGUUUUGCUUCUACUCCUGGACCUGUGCUGCCAAGCUUGGUGCUGCCAAGCUGUCAAUACAACUCUAGCUUUCUUUCCUGCUCCAUGCAUUAGGAGAUGGUGGCUUCGUUGAUAACUACAUGAAUGAUGUACUAUAGAUGCAUGCAGAGAGACUGACACAGGAGUUUAUGGCAGGCAUGGAAAAAAGAUGGCUCAAAAAAGUGAGAUGAUGACCGAAAAAGCAAGGUUUUGCUUGAAUAUGGAGGAGGUUCCAGGACAGGUUGGCAGCAGCCGCUUCUGGUAGACCGGGGACUGGACUGGAGAAUGUUGAAGGUGGAAGGAAACGCAUGGACAACUCCUGUUUGACAAGUGUAAAGGCAGGCACGAAAAGGUGAAGACGGGAUCACAGUCGAGCCGAGCCGAGCCUCUCUGUCUGUGUGUAUGUUGAUGAUGCAUCAAGGUCUGCCUUUUGUUUUUUCACCUGCAAAACGGGCGUUUCCACGUGAUGUGAAUCAUUCCAGAAUGGGUGUUGGAAGCGUGACACGUUGGUGAACUAAUGCACGCAGCCUGGCUGCAAAAGUUUCUUUCUUGCGUGAUAC